CAUAGCCAAGUUUGCAAGCAAGAAAUAUGAAAACGGGUAUCGGCAGUGAUGCAAGCAAAUCGACAAGUCGGAGGGUCCGGAACUGACUUUUUGACGUGAUGAAUGGGAACCAGCCUGUUAAGGAUGACGUCUUGGCAACUUUCUAUCCACAACUGAUUGAGUAUAAGUCCAAUUACAGAUUUUGUUCCUCAGCAAAUGACGACUUCUAAUACCAGAAUUAUCAACUCCAUACCCUUUCUUACAGAAAACCAUAAUGACAAACAAUCACCAGCAUCACGUGGGUUCUCGCCCGGACAUGACAAAGAAUGUAGACCCGAACCCUAUCGAAUAUGAGAACUCGGUCUACCAGAAAGGCUUAAAGUACGAGCGUCCGCCUUUCACCUUUAAGGCUUUGGAUUGGGAGUCUCUCGCGGAACAACGCAUGUCAGCCGAGAGUAAAGGAUACGUCGUUGGAUCAGCAGGAACCGGCGAGACAGCGCGCAAGAAUCGAGCCGCCUUCGGCAGGUGGUCCAUCGUGCCGCGGCGACUAGUCAAAACCGACGGAUUCCCUGAUCUCUCUGUAAAAGUUCUUGGAAAGAAGUUACCAUUUCCGAUCGCAUGUGCGCCGGUGGGUGUGCAACGAAUCUUCAAUCCAGAGGGCGAAGUGGCGGCGGCAGCAGCCGCCGCCAAGCAGUCUGUCCCAUUCAUCAUGAGCACGGCGAGCAGCACCAGUAUCGAGGAUGUCGCAAAGGCAAAUGGUGAUGGUGAACGGUGGUAUCAGUUGUACUGGCCACCGAACGAGCGCAACGAUAUUACCAAGUCUAUUCUAAAUCGGGCUCAGAACGCCGGCUUUUCGGCACUCUUUGUGACCUUGGAUACGUACAUUCUUGGUUGGAGACCGAGUGACAUGGACAAUGGGUACAACCCUUUCUUAAGGUCUGACCAGAUUGGUGUUGCGAUUGGUCUCACUGACCCUGUUUUCCGGUCCCACUUCAAGGAAAAGCAUGGUUGUGAGAUCGAGGAAGACAUGGGUGCCGCGGUAGCCGAAUGGACGAGGACUGUAUUCCCAACCAUGAGUCACUCUUGGGAAGACAUCAAGUUCUUGCAGGAGCAUUGGAAAGGGCCGAUUAUCUUGAAGGGCAUACAGUCCGUAGAAGAUGCCCAGCGGGCUGUAGAAGCUGGUGUCCAAGGCAUUGUUGUGAGCAAUCAUGGUGGCAGACAGACCGACGGCGGAAAUAGUUCGCUUGGAGUUCUUCCUCGAAUUGUUGAUGCAGUCGGAGACAAGUUGGACAUUUUUUUCGACUCCGGCAUCCGCUGCGGCGCCGAUAUUGCGAAGGCACUCGCCCUUGGCGCCAAGAUGUGUCUCAUUGGUCGGCCUUACAUCUAUGGUCUCGUCCUCGGCGGUGAGGAGGGGACUUCGCACGUUCUGAAGUCAUUACUGGGCGACCUUGAGCUUACUUUGCAUUUAGCGGGUAUUGCUUCUUCUUCGCAGGAGCAUUUGAACCGUUCUGUACUUGUAAAGGAGGACGAUUUGUUUUAGUAAUGUAGCGCAAUAGAAUUACAAGCCUAAUACUCGCAAAUAGUACAAGAAAAUAAAGGCAUUUACUGAUAUCAACGAUGAGAGACCUCCGAAUGUUUAUCAUUAUUUGUUUCGGAGCAGAUCGAGCAGUACUUGUGGCAGACGCUCACAUACAUGUGACAAAAGAGCC